GGAACGAAAGCGGAAAGAGCAGCUCCUGUGUGCGCUGCAGUGAUCCUGGUGGGAUGUGACAAAAGACAAGAAACCAGGGGAGAGAAAAAUGAUGAUUCUGGAAUUUGGCUACGAGUGUCAGGGGUGACGAAAAACGCCGGCAACGCCUCCUGCCCGGGCUAUAAAGGGCUCCAAGCCCGGGGGAAGCUCACUCUCGCUGUCUGCGCUGCCGAGCCGGGUGUCCCUCUCCAGCGCCACAGCUCCACUGCCCCUCGCCAUGAGCACCACCACUGUCAGGCAGUACUCCUCCUCCUCCUCCCUCGGGGGGCUGGGGGGAGGCUCCAGCAGGUUUUCCUGCGUGCGCGGAGGAGGCUACAGAGCCCCCAGCGUCCACGGAGGCUCCAGCAGCUACUCCGUCUCCUCGCGCAUCGUCUCGGGGCUGGGCAGCGGCUAUGGGGGCAGCUACUGCAGCAGCGUCGGAGGGGGCUUGGGUGCUGCCUUCGGGGGUAGCUACGGGGCCGGCUUCGGAAGCGGCUUCGGGGCCGGCUUCGGAAGCGGUUUCGGAGGUGGCUUCGGAGGGGGCGAUGGCAUCCUCCCGGCCGGAGAGAAGGAGACGAUGCAGAACCUCAACGACCGCCUGGCCGCCUACCUGGACAAGGUGCGUGCCCUGGAGGAUGCCAACACCGACCUGGAGGUGAAGAUCCGGGAGUGGUACAAGAAGCAGGGACCUGGUCCCGACCGGGACUACAGCCCCUACUACAGGACCAUCGAGGAGCUCAGGAGCAAGGUGCUGGGGGCCACAGUUGACAACGCCAACCUCCUGCUGCAGAUUGACAACGCCAGGCUGACAGCUGAUGACUUCAGGACCAAGUUUGAGACGGAGCAGGCUCUGCGCCUGAGCGUGGAGGCCGACAUCAAUGGGCUGCGCAGAGUCCUGGACGAGCUGACCCUGGCCAGAGCUGACCUGGAGAUGCAGAUUGAAUCGCUGAAGGAGGAGCUGGCCUACCUCAAGAAGAACCACGAGGAGGAGAUGAACGCCCUGCGUGGGCAGGUGGGUGGAGAGAUCAGCGUGGAGAUGGACGCUGCUCCUGGCAUCGACCUCACCAAGAUCCUGACCGACAUGAGGGAGCAGUACGAGAGCCUGGCCGAGAAGAACCGCAGGGACGCCGAGCAGUGGUUCUUCAGCAAGACGGAGGAGCUGAACCGCGAGGUGGCCAUCAACACGGAGCAGCUCCAGAGCGGCAAGACGGAGAUCACGGAGCUGCGACGCACCAUCCAGAGCCUGGAGAUCGACCUGCAGUCCCAGCUCAGCACGAAAGCGGCGCUGGAGGGCACCUUGGCCGACACAGAGAACCGCUACGGCGCCCAGCUGGCCCAGCUGCAGGGGCUGAUCACCAGCGUGGAGGAGCAGCUGGGCGAGCUGCGCUGCGACAUGGAGCGCCAGAACCACGAGUACAGGGUCCUGCUGGACGUCAAGUGCCGCCUGGAGCAGGAGAUCGCCACGUACCGCCGCCUCCUGGAGGGCGAGGAUGCCCACAUGUCCUCCCACUACAUCUCGCAGCCUGUGAAAGAAGCUCCCGUAACUACCCGCCAGAUCCGCACGAUCUUCGAGGAAGUGCAGGACGGGAAGGUGAUUUCCUCCCGCGAGCAGAUCACCCAGGCUGCCCGCUGAGCCGGCGGCGUGGUUUCCUGCAAACCUCCUGCAGCAAAGCGCGAGAAGAUGCCAGCUUUGUGUGCUCCGGCUACGCAGCUCCGGAAAAGCAGCUUCUCUUUUUAUCCCACCGCUGCGUCCCUCACCCUUUCUCUAAGCGCCGUGCUUGGAAAUCAAAUAAAGCUUUUGGCAUUCGUGCAAA